AUGGAGUAUCCUAGAUACCUGGCUCUAUAUUAUUACCUUGCCAACAAGCGGUAUCCCUUAGGUGCAACCGAAACGGAUAAACGCAGGCUACGUGAUCAAGCCCGAAAGUACUGUUCCGUUAAUGGAAGACUAUAUCGGAAGGGCGAAGGCAAUCAAGUAUAUCCAGGGCGAGAAGUAUUACAUCAAGGCAAUGCAGAGGAGGUCAUCAACAAGGUCAUUUAG